UAAAAAAAGUGUACACACACACACACACACACACAUAAAAAUGCCCUGAUUUUUUUUUUUUUAUUAUUAUUUUUUUCUUCUUCUUUCUCUCUUGAUUAUAUAGAUAUUUUUUUAAAAAAAUGGUUGGAAAGAUUGUUGUAAAGAACCCUGUUGUUGACCUCGAUGGUGAUGAGAUGACUAGAAUUAUCUGGCAAUUCAUCAAGGAGAAGCUUAUUUUGCCUUAUCUUGAACUUGACAUCAAGUACUAUGAUCUUUCUGUUGAAAACCGUGAUGCUACUGAUGAUCAAGUGACUAUUGAUGCUGCUGAAGCCAUCAAGAAGUAUAACGUUGGUAUCAAGUGUGCCACUAUUACUCCUGACGAGGCUCGUGUAGAAGAAUUUAAACUCAAGAAGAUGUGGAAAUCCCCUAAUGGUACUAUUCGUAAUAUCUUGAACGGUACUGUCUUCCGUGAACCUAUCAUUGUCAAGACUUUACCCAAGUUGGUUCCUGGUUGGGUUAACCCUAUCAUUGUUGGUAGACAUGCCUUUGGUGACCAAUACCGUGCCACCGACUUUGUUGCACCUGGCCCCGGUAAAUUUGAAUUAAUCUAUACCCCCACUGAUGGUUCUGAGCCCAAGAAGUUCGAGGUCUACAACUUUGAGAAUGGUGGAGGUGUUGGUUUAGCCAUGUACAAUACAGAUGAAUCUAUCCAAGGUUUCGGUCAUGCCUGUUUCCGUGUUGCUCUUGAACGUAAGAUGCCUCUUUACUUGAGUACCAAGAACACCAUUCUUAAGGCCUAUGAUGGUCGUUUCAAGGAUAUCUUUGAAGAAAUCUAUCAAGCUCAAUACAAGACUCAAUUUGAGGCUGCUGGUAUUUGGUACGAACAUCGUCUUAUUGAUGAUAUGGUUGCUCAAGCCCUCAAGUCCGAUGGUAACUUUGUCUGGGCCACCAAGAACUAUGAUGGUGAUGUUCAAUCUGAUAUUAUUGCUCAAGGUUAUGGUUCUCUUGGUUUGAUGACAUCUGUUCUUUAUACCCCCGAUGGUAAGACUGUGGAGGCUGAAGCUGCCCACGGUACCGUGACCAGACAUUACAGAGAACAUCAAAAGGGUAACAAGACCUCUACCAACCCUAUUGCCUCUAUCUUUGCCUGGACCCGUGGUCUUCAACAUCGUGCCAAGUUGGAUGACAAUGCUGAGUUGCUUACUUUCUGUAACGAUUUAGAAAAGGCUUGUAUUGAGACAAUUGAGGUUGAUAACCACAUGACCAAGGAUUUAGCCUUGAUCAUCUAUGGUAAGAAGAUGACUGCUGAGCAUUACUCUACUACCGAAGUCUUUUUACAACAAAUUGCUGACAAGUUGGCUUCUAUCCGUACUCGUGCUUCUCUCUAAAUAUAUACAUAUAUACACACACAUAUCAAAUUAUUAAUAAUAAUAAUAAUAAAAAAAAAUAUUUCCCAAAUCAUAA